AUGGAGUUUCUGGGGACCACGCAGCUGGCCAGCUACUGUGGCACAAGGAAGAGCUGCCUGUUCCCAGACCUAGCUCCUACCAGCACCACCAAGGACACCUACCAGUCCUACCUACCCGGCUACCGCCCCCUCAGCUCCUGGAGGCCCAGCCUUUUUCGCAAAGUGGUUGCGGUCCCUCCUACCUCUGAAAAACCAAAUAAUCCCACUGGGCAGCCACCCACUGUUCUGCCCGCGUUAUGCUCAUCCCUGCAUGCCCGUUACAGCACUCGUGACUGGCACCAUGCAAACAUGGUUCAAUUAAAAGGCUCUGAAGCCUCCAAGAACUGUGCCGGUAGGCUGAACGACGAUUCAAUGAGAAUGAUGCAAGAUAAGGAUCAACUGACUUUCCAGAUGCAAGAAGACAGUAGAAGAAACCUGGCAGAGAGGCUCUCCAACAUUAAUUUCUGGAGAUCCGAGCUCACCUAUGAGCUAGAGUCUCUGCUGAAUGAGACCAAAGCCUUGGAAACAGUAAAGAAGCAGCUUGAAUGUGCUGUAGAUGAAAUGCAAGAAGCCCUGAAGGUAGCCCUAGAAUGCUUGUACCUCCGUGAGAAGCAGAAGGAUAUAGACUUAGUUCACGACGGUGUGGAAAAGAACCUCAUAAAGGAGGCUGAUGUAUUCAAGGACUGUCAAGACGUAUUGACAAAACUGGCACAGAAAAUCAGUCAAUAGUUGGGCAUCAACAGAGAUGCACAGCAUGCCCUGGAGCAGGAUCUUUCUGACAAAAACUCAGCCCAUUUAAUUGACGAGAAGUGCUAUAACAUGAGCAACACAUCAGACAGCAUCAGCUUUUACCAGAGAGUGGAAAAAGCAGAUGGGAGUGUUUCAGUUCCUGCAACAUGGGCUAAAUUCAGUGAAGACAAUAUCAGGCGCUCUCAACACGCAAGGGCCAACUCUGUCAAGCUCCGCGAGGAUGCAGAGGCUGGACUGGAGAGCACCUCCGAGGAGAUGUGGAACCAUUCCAUCAGCACCAACCAGCCCUUUAACAAGCGUAUUGCUGAAGUGGCUGAUGCAAAGAACAAACUCCAAGCACAGCUAGCCAAGAUCCUUCAGGAAAUCUUCAAGACAGAAGAUCUGGUCGUGUUGCUAGAGAGGUCCAUAAAGGCAAAGGAGUACCAACUGAAGGUGGCUCAGACCCGCUUGGCGGGACGAACCAGGCAACCCAAUAUCGAGCUUUGCCGAGACGCACCUCAUGCUCAGCUUGUCACUGAGGCUUACACUAUAGAUGACACCUUACAGACCUUAAAGCAACAUCUGCAAGCAGCCCAUGAUAUGCUGCAGAUGCCGAACAUGAACAAAUCAAAGCUGGAACAUGACAUUUCUGUGAAGACAAACUCCCUCUUCAUCGACAACAAGUGCACGGAUAUGCGCAAAGUCUUCCCCAGCACCCCACGGCUCAUUGGCUACACUUGA